UGACCUCCAAUGCUUCCAUGACUUCUGCGCCCAUAUUUGAAGAAGAUUCCAACUAGCAUCUCCCAGCCUUUCUAGCUUCCCAUUACUGCUAGGUAUAUAGGGGAGAGGAGAUAAGGUGAGAUGGAUGCUACUUCAACAAUAUCCAUGGCCACCUUACUGCUGGCCUUGUUCACUCUCUUAGCACUCCCGGGGCUUUCGUUUGCGAGCAUAACAAGGCACUACAAAUUCGACAUACAAAGGAAAAAUGUUACGCGACUGUGCCACACCAGGAGCAUCGUGACGGUGAACGGAAAGUUCCCAGGGCCUAAAAUUGUUGCAAGAGAGGGUGAUCGUGUAAUCGUUAAGGUCAUCAACCAUAUCAAGAACAAUGUCACCAUUCACUGGCAUGGAGUUCGGCAGAUACAAACUGGAUGGGCUGAUGGGCCAGCAUACAUAACCCAAUGCCCGAUACAGAGAGGCCAAACCUAUGUUUACAACUUCACGAUCGUGGGCCAGAGGGGCACACUCUUGUGGCAUGCCCACAUCUCUUGGAUGAGGGUCACCCUCUACGGAGCCAUCAUCAUCCUUCCCAAACGCGGCGUUCCUUAUCCUUUCCCCAAACCUUACAAGGAAAUCCCCGUUAUAUUUGGAGAGUGGUUUAAUGCGGACCCUGAGGCGGUAAUAGCGCAGGCUCUCCAGACAGGUGCAGGCCCAAAUGUCUCGGAUGCUUACACCAUUAACGGCCUCCCCGGUCCCUUGUACAACUGUUCAAAAGUGGAUACGUUUAAGCUGAAGGUGAAGCCCGGGAAGACGUACCUCCUCCGCAUGAUCAACGCUGCACUCAACGACGAGCUCUUCUUCAGCAUUGCCAACCACACGCUCACCGUUGUCGAAGUCGACGCCAUCUACACGAAGCCAUUCAACAGCGACACCAUCCUCAUCACGCCAGGCCAAACCACCAACGUUCUCCUCAGAACCAAGCCCAGCUUCCCCGGCGCCACCUUCCUCAUGGCCGCCAGGCCCUACGCCACCGGUCUCGGGACCUUCGACAACACCACCACCGCCGGCCUCCUCGAAUACAAAUACACCCCCUCAACUCCUUCCAACAAGAACCUUCCACUCUCGAAACCGACUCUACCAUCACUCAACGACACCGCCUUCGCCGCCAACUUCACCGGCAAGCUACGUAGCUUGGCAAACGCUCAGUUCCCGGCGAACGUGCCGCAGACCGUGGACAAACGAUUCUACUUCACGGUAGGCCUCGGAACCAGCCCUUGCCCCAAGAACCAGACCUGCCAGGGUCCCAACGGCACGAAAUUUGCCGCCUCUGUGAACAACAUCUCCUUCGCGCUGCCGAGCACCGCCCUCCUGCAGGCCCACUUCUUGGGGCAGUCCAAGGGGGUGUACACGACCGACUUCCCGAGCAAUCCUCCGUUCCCGUUCAACUACACGGGGACUCCCCCGAACAACACCUUCGUGACCAACGGGACCAAGGCGGUGGUGCUCCCCUUCAACGCGAGCGUGGAGCUGGUCAUGCAGGACACCAGCAUCCAGGGGAACGAGAGCCACCCACUGCACCUGCAUGGCUUCAACUUCUUCGUGGUGGGCCAGGGGUUCGGGAACUACGACCCAUCAAAGGACCCGGCCAAGUUCAAUCUUGCAGAUCCAAUCGAGAGGAACACGUUCGGAGUUCCGGCUGGCGGCUGGGUCGCCAUCCGAUUCCAGGCCGACAACCCUGGUGUGUGGUUCAUGCACUGCCACCUGGACGUGCACACGAGCUGGGGCUUGAGGAUGGCGUGGGUGGUGAACGAUGGACCCCUCCCCAAUCAGAAGUUGCUGCCUCCACCGUCUGAUCUUCCCAAGUGUUGAGACCUUUGACCAUCUCUUCCGGAUUCACUAGUCUUUUCCAAUUUUCCCCCUCGACAUUUGUUAUGCCUUGCGGUAACUUUUCCCCUCUCGUGGUUACCCACUGAUCAUCAAAGAGUUUCAUUUGAGUGUGGCUUCUGGAAUUAACACAGGACAGCAGAGUGAGACGCUGUUUUGAAAGGGAAAUAUGUUAUCGAUUGGAUGGCAUGCGUUUCUUUCUUUCUUUCAUCUUUUUUUUUCCCCCCAUUAUUUCUCGCUUUUCCCCUUCCUUUUGUAAUUCUUCGCUUCUCAAACAAUAAAACAUGCCUUCAAUUGUUUC